AUGCAUCUAUUCCAUGCGCCCCUAGGGGAAGGAGAGGCAGCAGUGGGAGUGGGAACGGUAGGGUCGUCGGAGGCCAUAAUGCUGGCUGGGUUGGCUUUCAAGAGGAAGUGGCAGAACAGGAUGAAAGAGCAGGGCAAACCCUACGACAAGCCCAACAUCGUUACCGGUGCCAACGUUCAGGUGUGCUGGGAGAAAUUUGCGAGGUACUUUGAAGUGGAGUUGAAGGAAGUGAAGCUGAGGGAAGGCUACUAUGUUAUGGAUCCUAAACUGGCCGUGGAAAUGGUGGACGAGAACACAAUCUGCGUCGCUGCUAUUCUUGGUUCCACCCUUAAUGGAGAGUUUGAGGACGUCAAGCUCUUAAACGACCUCUUGACGGAGAAGAACAAAGAAACAGGCUGGGACACCCCAAUUCACGUGGAUGCAGCAAGCGGCGGUUUCAUUGCACCUUUCAUUUACCCAGACCUGGAGUGGGAUUUCAGGCUGCCCCUUGUGAAGAGUAUUAACGUUAGCGGCCACAAGUAUGGGCUUGUCUAUGCUGGCAUUGGGUGGUGCAUUUGGAGGAGCAAGGAGACUUGCCAGACGAGCUCAUCUUCCACAUCAACUACCUUGGCGCCGAUCAACCCACCUUUACCCUCAACUUCUCCAAAGGUUCUAGUCAAGUAA